AUGCUGUUCCGGAUUUGUUGUUUCGUUGCCCUCCUUCAACUCGUUGCCGCCGACUGCGAUGCGACCACCCAGGCAGCCAUCGUCCAAUGCUACACCCCAUUUCUUCAUUAUUACGGCCUAACCCCUGUUAAUGGCACCUUGCCUCCAUACAACUUCGUGGAAACGGCCAUGUCGAACAAGUUCGAUCAGCAGGGCAGGCAAGCAGCUCAGGAUAUGUGCGCACAUAGCCGAGUGCUCAACUCCUGCCUGAACGCGACGAUGUACCCGAUCGAUUACAACUGCUACAACCAUAUUGUGGUCGGGAAGAAUAACUCUGAAUCCUACCUCUAUCAAGCCGAGAUUGCGACCCGUGACUACGAAUGUGGAGCUGGAGCUCAAAUUUUCUUCGACGAGUUCUACUGCAUCCGCGCGACUCAAGCCAACCAAGCAGACAAGAUCCAGCAAUGCCGCACCGAUCUAGAACACGACCUCCACGGGAUGCAGCUUUGCGACGCCUUCAACAAGUUCAUCUCCUGCAAUUCGCUCAUCUACGCGAAGGCGUGCGACUACAACGCCGGCGUCUUGAUCUGUAACAUCUUCAAAUAUACAGGGGACACCUACUACGAAUACUGCCAAGGGAAAGGCCAGCGGGCAGCGUGCCCCAACUACCGCGUCAACCCAAAGUUUUUGAUGCACAAAAAUCUGAUG